UCUCUGGACAUGCGUUGUUGGGUCGGGAUUGAUUUCAGUUCUUCGUGUUUUGUUGUUUUGUUGAUACGACGGUGACGCGGUUUAGCUACAGCGGGGUGUGCGUUGGUGCGACCCCCCAGUGGUGUUACACACAUCUGGAGCGGAGACGUCACAGGUAGAACCUGACGUGACGCGCCUGGAAGGUUCCACAGCCGGGAGAACACCUCCAGAGGAGAGAGGAUGGAGAUAGACUGUCAGCCCGAGGAAUCCAUCGUCUCUUCAUUUGAUGAGGACCGUGUUGUGCAUGGCGACAUCACGGACAUGAGGUUGGAGGCAGAGGCGGUGGUAAAUGACGUACGUUUUGCCGUUGCUGAAAUGCACGUGUCACAAAGUGUCACCAGCGCGUCAGAUGUGGCCUACAUAAACGUGGAAACAAGAGAGGGAAACCGGUAUUGUCUGGAGCUCACAGAGGCGGGACUAAGGGUGGUGGGCUAUGCCUUCAAUCAAGUGGACGAGGAUUUAAACACCCAGUAUCACGAGACUGUUUACUCACUUCUCGACACGCUGAGUCCGGGCUACAGAGAAGCCUUCGGGAAUGCUCUGCUCCAGCGGCUAGAGAGGCUGAAUCAAAAUGGACAGUAGAAAGGACCAGGAUGCUGCACAAGUUGAAGAAGUGGAAUAAAGGUUGACGAUGUGGGUUUAUUUGAAUAUAUACGAGUCAAGUCUGGUCAAAUAUUAUAGCCUAUUAUGUGGCGUCCACCUGCCUAGCUACCACUACAAUAAGAGAAAAGCUGCCCUAUCAACUCUUUGUUCUGACUUCAUCAUUUAAUGGCUUCAUGUUAGUUACUUGGCAGUAUCCGCUGUAUGGGGUCUGUUGCAACGUUGUGUUGACUUAACUGUGGAAAGAUUUGCCAACUUGCACGAUACAAUUUUGUAACUGCAUAUUGUUUUGAAAAUCCUGCACCCUUUUUUUACUCAUCAAAAUGAUCUGUGAAAGAAGCAGGUUUUAUGAAUAUUAGAUCCAGUUUCCCUCUCUGUACUAAAUCUGUGACCUGACAACUGAUAUCUGCUUCAACAUACCCAACUAGUUCUUAUUCAGCAGGUGUCAGUGAAAGAGCCAAAGCUAUAUUCUUUCAACUCCAAUAUAUAUAUAUAUACUGCCUUAACUUGUGGUUAUA